UGUUUCUGCGCAUGCGCCAUAAAAGCAAAACACGGAAGUGUUUUUUUUUUUCACUGAAUGAAAACACAGCAGAUAUGUGGCACAACGGAGGAGCAGCUUAAGCUAAAAAACAGCUGAAGUCUGCAGGAAGKACCAUGUUGUCUGCUGGGGUUUCCAACAACAAGGUCAAAUAUUCCCGUCUGGCCGCUGACGAUGACGGUUACAUCGACCUGCAGUUCAUGAAGAGUCCGCCGAAGGUUCCCUACAAGGCCAUCGGGGUGGCGGUGUUCCUGUUCCUGAUUGGCUCCCUGCUGAUCACCUUCGGGGCUCUUUUCCUGUCGGGGAUCAUCCAGAUCCAGAAUCCUGACCGCACCAUCCCCGUCAUCAUCAUAGGCCUGCUGGUCUUCCUCCCGGGCUUUUACCACCUGAGGAUCGCCUACUACGCCGCCAAGGGUUACCGAGGCUACUCCUACGACGACAUCCCGGACUUUGGUGACUGAGCUGCUGAUGUUUAACUUUACGGAGCUGCUGCUCACUUCCUGAAUGUAUGUAGCAAAAACACAGAGGCUGCUGUU